CAUCACAUUUCUGACCACCUUCCACACUGCUGGCCACUCAACCAUGAGAUCCCAUUCCUGCCUGUCUGUCCUCUUCUUCCUCUUUGCGGUGAUGAUGCCGAGAGGAAAGGCUGGUGUCAUCCCAGGGGAAAAGCAGUGCAUUUUGUUGAAAGGGAAAUGCAAAGAAAUAGCAUGCACUUCCACCGAUGACACCAUUGGCGAAUGUAACGACGAUCUGAAAUGUUGUAGGAAAUGGUGGAUUUUUGAGCCCUACCCAACACCAGUUCCCAAAGGAAAGUCUCCUUAGAAAGGGGAGAACACCAUGAGCCUUUCAACCUCCAGAAAACACAGACAAGCUUUGCAGACUUCUGCCUAACUACACUCACCUCCCUUGCCUGGAAAUAAAUGUCCUGAGCCCACACUUACCGAUCGCUGCAAGCCUCUCAUGAAUCUCUCAGAAGUUAGGAAAGGGGGAGGGAAAACCCAUCAGAGAUUCAGGAUGCUUUAGAACACCUCCACCCAGUGUCCCCUUCGUUGUUUUUAAAACAGAGUUUGAGAAAUUAUCUGGGAUUUAACAUAGCAAUACUUCCAUCUCUAAAUUCAAUAACAAUACUAAUAACUAGAAGAAAAUGUGUGAGAAGAACCUCAUACCCUGAAAAUGUUUAAGCAAAA